AUGAAGCGAAGGGGUGGGAGCAAGAAAGGACGGGCAAAGAAGCCGAAGCUGGGCAGUACAGAUGACGGGGCUUCAAAUGCUGUUAGUCCGAAUACUGAUGACAAUGACUCUGGGCCGGACGAGUCUGACCACGAAGAGGAUGUCUCUGGAGUUGAUGCUGAUGCUGAGGCGGAGGCUGAGGCUGAGGCUGAGGCUGAGGCUGAGACAGAACCCGAGGUGGCUAAACCUCCUCCUGAAACCAGUCAGCCCGAAAAACCUGUAAAUGCUGAUAUUGUAAGUCGGCCAAUCAGUAACACGUUCGGUAAGGCAGUGUAUACGCGCGUGAAAGUAAGAAUCAAGACUUCGAAAAAUUUGGAUUCCCAACGUGCCUCCUCGGAUGCCCCCAUUCAGAGUGAUACCGGAAAGGGUGGACUCCAGGUGGGUUUGGAAAAGCAAGAAGUUCCUGGGGAGAAAAGGGAGGACAGUGCAAACUCUCUGUCCGGGACGAAUGGGGGUGGGUCCGGUAAUACUUCUCAAAAGUCGUUGGGCAUAAAGAUUAUGUCCAAGGGAUUGGGUUCGGCGAGUAUGAGCCCGUGCAGCAAUACUGAAACCGUCAAGGGAGAUAGGGUAGAAAAGAAGGAUGCAGAUUCGCUUCAGCAGGAGUCUAGAUCCAAUGAGCAAGAGUUGAAAGCUGCACUGGAGGUGAUAAAAAAAGUGAUGAAGAUGGAUGCAGCUGAGCCCUUCAAUGCUCCUGUGAACCCUGUUGCUCUUGGGAUACCGGACUAUUUUGAUGUCAUCAAGACACCGAUGGAUUUCGGUACGAUAUGCAAUAACCUUGAGAAAGGUGUAAAGUACAAGAAUUCGGAGGAUGUCUUCAAAGACGUACAGUAUAUAUGGGAGAACUGUUACAAAUACAAUAAUAAAGGUGAUUAUAUAGUGGAGCUUAUGAAGCGGGUGAAGAAGAGCUUCACUAAGUAUUGGACGGCUCUUGGUUUAUUCAAUGAUCAGCCUCAGGAAAAUAAUGGUUCAGAAAGCAAUGCGGUAAAAGAGCUCAGUCCUUCAAGUGAAGGGAAUACGCCAGUGGAUGGUGGUGCCUUGAACCUCUCAGGCAAAAAGUUCCAUGGACUUAAGAAGCACAAGGAAGGUUGCCAGUGUGCAAUUUGUGUAAUGAUGCGCCGUAGACAGGAAAGAGAGGAGAUUGCUCGUAUGAUGGGUGGUCAGACUGAAGGCAGUGAUGAUGACUCCAUGGGUGAAGAACAUAAUAAGCCAAAUGGGAUCUCACGUGGAGGCAGCCCUUUUGGUGAAUAUGCCUCGUCAAAUAUGGAGAACUCGCCUGAUGCAGCUGAUGGUGAGAGUGGAAGGAGAGGGCAAGAAAUGAAAUUGGGACAUAUCAGAAAUUUCUAUGGUCAGCACUUGGAGAAUGCUGGAAAACGAGAGGGGUCUCAUGAUUUGCAGUUGGGUCAUGACAGCCUCCAUUAUUUGGCCUCACACGAUACCCACAAAGAUAAUGGAAAUGAUGUUACCAACCUGGAGAUGCCUAAGGCAUUGGACAAGAAUCAGAGGGCAAAAAUGCUGGAGAAUCUCCGUUAUCUGGACAAUCCAAUGCUUUUGGAUUUAUACGGGACUCUGUUUUUGGAUGAUUCGGGGUCGUUUUGGAAUGGACCUCAUUCGUUGGGCGGUGGCACCAAACGAAGGAGUUCUUUAAGUUCAGCUGUUGCUUCAUUAAUGAAGUAA